AUGUCGCGCGAGGAGAAGGAAAUUCCUGACUACUUGCUGAAUCCAGAGACUCCAGGCUCUACAUGGGCGCAUGAGUGCGAGUUUGUUCCCCAAUCUCGCAUUCAAGAACUUGCGCUCCAUGGAAGGUUCCGGAAAUUUGGGGUAUGCUUCUGGGGCCCGGACACGAUGACCUGUCUUGGGAUCAUGGUUAAAAGGAUGGCGAGUGAUAGGGCUAAGAUAGAUGUUGUCUUUCGGUGGACUUCGCUGAUGCAAAAUGCGGACUACUUAGCCCUCAAGCGGCCUUUAAAGCAAUGGGCUGUCCCGUAUCCCUCCAAGUCACGUCCGAUGCUGGCAGACAAAACAAUCAAGUGGGCCACGAUAGCAGAAUUAGACCAAUUUGCGACCUCAGUCGCCUGGGUCCGAAGGAACCAUAGGCGGGCCCAGUCUGCCGAGUCAACACCAUCAGACGAACUGGCAUCAGAUCAGUCGGAGAAGCCAGACCUCGAAGCAACCCCAUGGAUACGUCGAACCAAUAGGCCAACCAGAUAG